UUCUGCGCAAUGGAUGCUACAUAGAUAGAAGUUAUAGGAAUUUGUUUAUAUUUUUUCUUCGAGUUUCGAGAAACCAUUGUUUUCAACGUUCUACUUUUUCGCGUCUGUAUAAAUUUAUUUAUUUCAUCAAUUAAUAUGCCUGAACCUGUAUCAGAAGACUUAGAUUCUGAAUCUGUUGAAGUCCUGCGAGAGCGUUUGAGUUCAAUGAAACGUUUGAUGGCAGAACAGCGCAACAGCCAGAAAUCAUCUUCAACAGCAAGUACUGAAGAAAUAUGGUCCAGAGCUCGAAGAUCAUCGACCGGAAUAAUUGAUGGAAACUUUCUUAGUUUUGCAUUUGGUGCUACAUUAAUUGGAAUUAUAAGUGUAGCUUUUUAUAUUUUCUACAGCUUGUAUCAAGCUGUAUUGAAGAAAUUUCCAUCUCAGCACACCGAAUUGUAAAGUAUGGUGCUGAUGAUGAUGAUAAUUUUUUUACUGCUGCAAACUUUAGACAAAUUAUAAAUUAUCAAAAAUUAGAUAUGCAAAUUAAUAUGUUAUGUCUUUAUACUCGAGUCUUGAUGUGUAGCUAAUUUCUUAAAUAAAAUACUUCCAAAUCGUA